AUGAGAUCUUAUCACCUUGCCGGUCUGGCGGCUGGUCUCUUUGCGGUGAAAACGAGCGCCCAAUGCACCACCGAUCUUGCCAUUGAUGAUUUCUCGCAAUGGGCAAAUAAUACCAAUAGCUUGGGUCAACGGACUAGCGACGAUGGCACCAUGACCUCGAUAUCAGGCGACCAGGGGUCUGUGAUUUUCACUCCCGGUAACGAUUCCUAUCUCUAUGAGAAUCUUGGCUGUCAAGCAGCUGCAACCAAUGGGCUAAAUGCCCUGUCCUUCUAUGUACUGGGUCCUGUUGGAGGUGAAAUAAACGUCGAGAUCCAAACGUCAGCUUCGUGCUCAGAGUCCAAUUACACGAGCUACUACUAUACCAUUACCGACCUCACAGGCUCGGACCAGACCAUCGUUAUACCCCUGGCAUCUUUUACUGGCGCAAACUUGGAUGCUAUACGAGGAUUUGUCUGGUAUGGCUUUUCAUCGACCAAUACCUCUUGGGAACUUGGCACGGUUGAACUCAUUUUACCUUCAUCGACAACUUUGGACAAGAAGGAUGCUGCGACAACUUCCACUGCCUCAAUUGCGACAACUUCCGCCGCGUCCUCCACAGGGACCUGCAGUAAUCUACUGGUGGAUGACUGGGAAUCGCAGUCCCGAUUGACGUUUCUCUACUACAAUGCCAUGCUAGAGCCUUCCAGUGACGACGGAACCAUGAAAUCGAUCAUUGUCAGCGAUGAUAACCACGUUACUAUUACACCCAACAGCUCGGACUCGUAUUUUUUCACUGUUGCAAGCUGUGUCAAUGCCAAGAACGUAUAUGGCGGUAUCUCCCUCCCAAUUACUGCUCCACAAGGCACGACUCUCGGUGUUCAGCUGGGAUCUCCAGACAGCUGCGGCAACGACACGGAUUCAGCCAGUAUAUACGUGGAGAGUACCGAUCUUGGUUGGGCUUUUGACGGGACGGAACAACUCUACAGCAUACCAUUCGCCAAAUUCCAAGGCCUUGAUACCACAAAGGUGCAAACGAUUCUCUUUGCAGGUCUUAGCAAUGCGGUGACCUUUGGCCCAAUGGCAUUCUACUGUGGUGAUACACCGAGUCGCUAUGUCCUUCCUGCCACGACAACACCUGUUUCUCCUACAGCAACAGUUCCAGCGCCUGCAGGAACUGCGUCCGCCCUCGUGAUUGACAAUUUCUCCACGGAAGACGCGAACACCAUGGGCUUUUGGCACGGCGCUGAUGAGGGAAUGUCUUUGACCUGGAGCGGAAAGUCUCUGACUAUCAAAUCGGAUGACGCCGACUACGCUUUCUACAGCCAGGUCUCAGAGAGCUGCAGUGAUCUCACUAGCUACAGUGGUUCCUACUUGCACAUUGCCUAUAGUGGAAGCAACAAGUUCUCCGUCGCCCUACAACAGCACAAUGCACAAUGUAAUGAGGAAAUCGCCCCUUACCCAGAGACUUGGGAUUCCCUCGAGGCGGCACGGUACGCAUCGGCAAGCGACAUAUACAUACCAAUGUCUCAUUUCAAUGGAAACCAGUCCCGGGCUAUCGGCAUUGCUCUGCUAGGAUUCUAUUCGACCGACUCCACCGUCUUGUCCAAGAUGGAGAUUGUGCCAUCUAUACCAGCAGAUUUUACAAUCCCCUCCAAAUUGCCCAGUGGAAAUUAUGUUUUCGCCUGCACUCGCCCCAACUCCUUUGCAUUCGCCAUUGAUGAUGGAGACCCGAAGCUGGCUCAACAAGUUAUGCAAAUUGUCAAGGAGGAAGACAUCAAAGUGACAUUCUUUACCGUUGGCGCCCCUCUAGACGACAGCAGCACCAACUUGACAAACGUUUACAGGGAAAUGAUGGCCGCUGGUCACCAAAUCGCCCUCCAUUCCUUUACGCACCCAAAGAUGGAAGGUCUGCCAUCAUACGAGGCGAUUGACUGGGAAUACAACAACGACUUUGCCGCCGUGGCAGAAGCCUUUGAUGGAUUGCAUACCCCGUACUUUCGUCCUCCCUUUGGCACGGAAGGUGCACGUAUGCGUCAAAGGCUUGCCGUUGCUCUCGACACUGAAACCCCUUAUAUUGUUGGCUGGAGCGUCGAUGUAGAAGACUGGCUUUGGGCAGAGUCGAACACGCCAGAGAAACAGCUUGAUGCAUUCAAGCGGGAUCUUGCAAAGGGCGGUAACCUUGUCGUCAUGCACUACUUGUAUUCGAGCACUGUCGGAUACUUGCAAGAGUUUAUUCAGCUCGCCAAAGCUACAGGCAAGCAGCUCAUGCGUGUGGAUCAAUGUAUGGAGGAUCCAAAUGCCCCACCUCUAUAG